CAGAAAGGAAACUCAUGGAUUUCAUGAUGAUAUAUAUAGGGCCCGCUUUAUUUCUAAUUAACCAGAACACAUUCAAGUUUUCUCUUCUCUUUAUAACUUGUUUAUAUUUGCAAAUCUCUUUUUUUGCAUUAAUCCUUUCGACGAGUUGAACUUUUGGACCUUGUAAAACGCUCUUUACGCAUUCUAUUUUUUGAUUUUAAUUUCUUUUCUUCUGAAACUCUUUCUUUUUUGCUUGACUUUUUUUUCUUGAGUAAUAUUCUUUCAUUUUUUCUUUCCGAUAUGAAAUUCUUUUCUCUUGUUGCUCUUCUUUUUGCUUUAGCCUCUGCUGCUCCGAUACCUACUCCUGCUGGGGGCUCUGAUGCCAAUUCUGUGGUACCCUCUAACGAUCAAUUGCCUGCCAAGACUUAUGAAGACUUCCUACGUGUUUAUAAGAACUGGUGGAGCUUCCAAAACCCUGACCGACCAGACUUGAAGAAGCGUGAAGUUCCUGAAUUUCCUGCCAAGACUUAUGAAGACUUCCUUCACUUGAAGAAGCGUGAAAGCUCUGAAGUUAAGGAACCUGUUCUAAAGACUGAUAAGGACAAGGAGGAUUACCAUCAUUUCUUAGAAUUCUAUGUCAUGAACGUUCCCUUCAAUUCUACCGCGGCACAGACGAACAUUACUGCUCAUUUUGAAGAUUGAUGCAUUAUUGAGACGAAUUUUCUUUUACCCAUGCUUGUUAGCAACAAUCUAUACUUGCAGUGAAAAUGUUAAUUUUAGCUGCCCUUAAUUUCCUCUGAGGAACCUAAUGCUUUUCUAAUUAGUAGUUAUUUAUAAGGUAAUUGCCUAUAAUUUAUGCAAAUGAAUACAGAG